CUCACUGAUAUUUCUGUUCUCGUCAAUUCGAUUUGGAUAUUGUCGUAGUACCUGGCAGCAAAAAUAAAAAAUUCAUAAAUUACCCAUAAGCAGCUGUGGACAUGUCGACGGCCCCCGAAGAUAGGUUGCGCGAGAACCUCAAUCGCUGUCUGUCCGACUCCCUGGUGAAGGGCUUUGGAGGUCUGGUGAUCGGGUCCGUGGUCACCCUGCUCUUCUUCCGGAGGCGCAUUUGGCCCGUCUGGUUGGGCACUGGAUUUGGCGUGGGCAUGGCAUAUCGGGGCUGUGAGAAGGAGCUCAACGAUGUGAAUUUCGACCAACAGAAGUGAUCGCAAGCAAUAGAACAAUGGAUUUUACGGAUGCACAAAUACGGUUUACUCUCUUGCGUUGAUUUGGAAUGUGGAACGA